AUGUGCUUUGGACGUGUGCCGGGGGCUGGAAGUUACGAGACCGGCGAGAACACCGAGGACACCUGUCGAAAGGAAGACGAGGGAAUCGAGGCGCAAUCUGGCUACCCAGGUGUAGCUUAUCCAACGGGAAUGGGUAUGCUGCUGCCCGAUGAGACGUACGAGGAACGAUCCUCGUCCUCGAGACGCAGCUCGUGCCCGAACGUUCUCGCGGACAUCGACGAGGUCGAGGCCGCCAAGGCGCUCGCAGCGUUCCGAAAGUGCGACGAGUUCCUCAAGAGGCACGGUAUCAGGCCCGAGUUCUUCUGCAGGCACAGGGAACGGCUGGCGUUGCAGACCUGGCUGUUGCAGAGGUCCAAGCUGUCCUCCGAUGCCUCGUCCUCGAACGAAGCGGUGCAUCUACAGCAGCGUCUCAGGAGCCUGAGCACGGAACUGGUGACCCUGAGGAACCGGCUGCACGUCAGCCAGCCGGCGAACAAUUCAGGGCCGAAUGGUGCCACCGCGGCGCCCCUGUCGUCGUCGAAAAGCCCGGAAAAGGGAGGUGGCGUGCCGUCGUCCCCUGCGCCCGCUGUACCGCCCAGGACCACGCUGCCGUUGGCGAACACAUUGCCGCACGGCCUCGGUCAUCCUUCGGGGCACACGUUGACGGCGUCCGCGAUCGUUCAUCCGCACGUGAAUCACACAGGCGCGAACACGCUCGGCCACAACUCGACCGCAGCUAACAAUUUAAUAUCUGACUUGGACUCCCCGAAACGUCACAAUGGGAUCCCAGACGAUGGUAUAGUGUCCUGCGUGACGGCUCUGGGCUGUUUACGGUCUCCACCGAUCUCCAGUAUCAUUGCGGACGUGAAAAACGCGAAAAGCAACCAGGGCCAGCAUCGAUGUCCCCCGAAAGGGACGUCAGCCUCCUCCGGUCCCACGACCUCCACGGCCUUGGACGACCUCAUCCACCUACCGGGCCCCCUGACGGAGGAUGCCGUGCUUAAGUGUCUCCAGGCUCGAUUUUGCGCCAAGCAGUAUCACACGAACGUGGGCCCGAUUCUGGUCUGUAUCAAUCCUUAUACGGACGUCGGGAAUCCAUUGACCUUAACGAGCACCAGGGCUGUACCUUUGGCCCCCCAGCUGAACAAAGUCGUCCAGGAAGCGGUGCGACAACAAUCGGAGACCGGCUACCCCCAGGCGAUAAUUCUUUCUGGGACGAGCGGCUCUGGGAAAACGUACGCCUCUAUGCUGUUACUUAGGCAAUUGUUCGACGUUGCUGGCGGUGGACCCGAGACCGACGCCUUCAAACACCUGGCCGCUGCGUUCACCGUACUCAGGUCUCUAGGAUCCGCGAAGACUGCCACCAAUUCGGAGAGUUCUAGGAUAGGUCACUUUAUCGAGGUCCAGGUGACGGACGGUGCUCUGUACAGAACGAAGAUACAUUGUUAUUUCUUGGACCAGACGCGAGUGAUCAGGCCCUUGCCAGAUGAGAAGAACUAUCACAUAUUUUACCAAAUGUUGGCUGGCCUCUCCCACGAGGAAAGAGUGAAACUUAAUUUGGAGGGUUACAACUUGAAGAACCUAAGGUAUCUUCAGCACGGGGACACUAGGCAAGACGAAGCCGAGGAUGCCAUCAGGUUUCAGGCGUGGAAGGCCUGUUUAGGUGUGCUAGGUAUACCCUUUCUAGACGUGGUUAGGGUCCUGGCAGCGGUUCUGAUCCUCGGGAACGUGGGCUUCACGGAUCGUCCAGGCGUGGAGGUGGGGGUGAUAGGCGAGAACGAGCUGGCCAGCGUAGCUGCUCUUCUGGGUGUCCCCCCGCCGGCCCUGCUUCGAGGUCUUACGUCCAGGACCCAUAACGCUCGCGGACAGCUGGUCAAGUCGGUCUGCGACGCGAAUAUGUCUAACAUGACCAGGGACUCGCUGGCGAAAGCGCUCUACUGCCGCACCGUGGCCACCAUCGUCAGGAGAGCGAACAGUCUGAAGAGAUUGGGCUCCACCCUUGGCACGCUCUCGUCGGACUCGAACGAGUCGGUUCACAAUCAGGCCGAGGUUACUAGCCAGCACGCGUCGACCAUUGGUAGCUCUGCAGGUGGUACCGGUUCCAGAAGCAUGACAGCCCUAAACAACGCCGUGCGACACGCCACCGACGGAUUCAUAGGAAUCCUAGACAUGUUCGGCUUCGAGGACCCAAAGCCCAGCCAGCUCGAGCACCUGUGUAUCAAUCUCUGCGCGGAGACGAUGCAACACUUCUACAAUACCCACAUAUUCAAGAGUUCCAUUGAGAGCUGCCGCGACGAGGGUAUCCGUUGCGACGUGGAGGUUGACUACGUCGACAAUGUGCCGUGCAUCGAUCUCAUCUCCUCCCUGCGUACCGGAUUGCUGAGCAUGUUGGACGUUGAGUGUUCCAUUCGCGGCACGGCUGAGAGCUACGUGGCUAAAGUGAAAGUCCAGCACAAACAGAAUCCCCGGCUUUUCGAGCCUAGGACCGUCGACUGUAGAUCCUUCGGGAUCCAGCACUUCGCCGGUAGAGUAACUUACGACGCGUCGGAUUUCCUGGAUACGAACAAGGACGUGGUGCCCGACGACCUGGUGGCGGUGUUCUACAAGCACACCUGCAGCUUUGGUUUCGCGACCCACUUGUUCGGCAGCGAACUGAAAGCUUUGUACGCGAGCGACACGGUGCCCCGGGGUGUCAGCUUCCGGAUAUCGCCGACCUCUCACACCGACCUUUUGAACGGGGACGAGCCGAUCUCCACGUUGACGCAGGAUUUCCACACGAGGCUGGAUAAUCUCCUGAGAACUCUCGUCCACGCGAGGCCGCACUUUGUCAGGUGCAUUAGAAGCAACGGGACAGAAACGCCGCUGCAUCUAGACAGGGGCGUGACUAUGCGUCAGAUACGAUCCCUUCAAGUUCUGGAGACAGUGAAUCUAAUGGCCGGCGGAUAUCCCCACCGAAUGCGGUUCAAGGCGUUCAACGCGAGGUACAGGCUGAUUGCGCCUUUCAAGCAGCUGCGUCGGGCGGAGGAACAGGCCGUCGAGGACACAAAGCUCAUUCUACAGAAUGCUCAACAGCUGAAGAGCAAAUUCGGCGCGAGUACCAGCUGGGCGUUGGGCAAGAGGCAUAUCUUCUUGAGCGAAGGCAUUAGGCAGCAGCUUGAGAAUCUGAGGUCGGAGACGAGGAGAAGGGCCGCGACUGCGAUACAGGCCACCUGGAGAGGUUGGAGGGUGCGUAGAAGGUGGCCGAUCCGGAAGACCACGAUAGGUGUGUCUUCCGUGAUCGGUCCGAAGAAGCCUCAACAGCCGACGUCGACCAACACCGGAACCGUUCAGAGGAACGUGACGACCGGGACAGGUACAGGGACCGGAACACGACCUAGGCCACAGCCGAUCUCUGGCACACCGCCUCCCGAUCCCUCGGAGAAGUGCGCGGAUCAGAAGAUGAUCCAGCAAACGUGCACCCUCUUUGGGCUGGAUCUGGAACGACCGCCCCCUGUCCCGCCCAGCAGGAGUUACACCGUGACAGGCAACACGAAAUUGGGCUACCCGCAGACGAGGAUCAUGAAGAUGCCUUUCCCAGAAGAGGGCGAAGGGGAGGUGGUCCUGCUAAAGGGUGAAACAGUUCUGGUCGUGGGGGCGUCCCCCAGGCGAGGUCACCUCUUGGUGGAGCACAACAACACCACGUUGCAUGUACCCUAUCAGUUCAUGGAGCUGAAGCCCUGUAAUAUCAACGUUUGA